AGCUGUCCGCCUAGGGGAGCUCCCGGGGGUUUUAUAGCCUGCCCCCAGGGUACAAUGGUAAAAGCGUACGGGCGUGGGGCCUGGUGUCAUCGUCUUGAGCCGGCCCUCUUCUCCUUCCUCCCACUCAAGGAUACAAGGGGAACAAGGCAGGGGUCUAGGUGCUACUCCGGCACGGUGGCACACCCAUCUCUCUUCAAGAUGGUCAAGAAGAUGAACAAAAGAAAAAAGGAUGGUUAGGGGAGCCGCUGUUUUUGUCACACUUGCUGCAAUUGCAGUCAUUGUUCGAGCUAUAAUAAGGAAGAGAAGACCACGUAUUACAUAUGUCACACGCAGCUAGCACCGGCAACCCAGGCAACACCCAAAUGAGCUCCUCCUUGAAUCUGAUCCCCUCGUCUCUCAAACCUCAGUCUCUCUAAUUACUCUGAAUCACUGCAAGCUGCACAUAUAAUUUCUUUGAAUCAUCCCAAUUUCCUUCCCCUAGAUUUCACUUAGGUCACCGUCUAUUCAUCUCAUUACCAAAUAUGCUAGCAUAAACAAUUCACUGAAUUGUUGUUUACAGUUUAAAAAAUGUAGUAUAGGUAGCUAUGUGCAAGGACAGUCAAAAUUGUAGUGCCUGGCAGAUUAUCAUAUAGUAAAUUCUGGUAUAGCUUCUUUUGUUUGUAUGAUUGUAUCUGCUCACUUCAUCUUGUAACAAAUAACAAGAGAGAGAAGGUAUACUGAUUAAUGCCAAUGAUCCUGAAUUUGAUCUGUUUUUUUGUUCUUUAGCUUGGCCCGCCCAGCAAUUUGUUUGUAGCUCCGCCACUGCUGAGACCCCUACGUUCCCAGCCACGCCUUGCCCACUCGCGCUGUGUGUGCCUCGGAGAUGGCCGGCACGUCAUGUUGUGAUAGGAUGGUUUCCCAGCUUCAGUCGACAUCCAAGUACUACACUGGAUAUCCCAAGGAUCUAGGGCCAUCAAGAAUCAUACCGUUCACAUCAGAGCGUCAGUUUGUGCAGCUAUUACAUGAAGGACGGCCUGUAGUUGCGGCCUUUACCAUUAAGUGCACUUAUACACAGCAUCUUGACAAAGUACUGGAGGAAGCUGCUGCUACAUUUUAUCCUCAUAUAACGUUUGUUCGGGUGGAAUGCCCAAAGUAUCCUGGGUUUUGCCUCACGAGGCAAAAGACUGAGUAUCCAUUUCUUGAAGUAUUUUACAACCCAGAACAGGCUGCUAACCCAGGUAAGAUCGUGGAUCCGAGCAUCACGAAAUACUCCGCAAAAGUCCUACCUUUCAACUAUGACCAGAGCGUGUAUGGAUUUCGAGAGUAUUUUAAGAAGUAUGGGUUCAAGUAUUCCGAAGCAAACUAGGUUUGUCAUGGUGGAGCCCUGCAGAGUCAGCCAGUCCAACUCCAACUGGUUUGAAUUUACUUUCAGCCUGUACUAACAGUGAUACUGCAUUCUUAAGAAUCAGCACCCCCUGCAUACUGGGCUGGCUCUGCCUUGGCAAAUGGUUGGAAAAAUGGCCAAGCUGUUAGCUAGGUUUCCAGUAUGCUCAAGAUUGUAGUAGAAUUUCUGGAUGUUGCAUGUUGUUCUUUGUCAAAUCUCUGAACUGCAUUAUCAGACUCGCUAUUAAUAAAAUAUAUUCUGCGGCUCA